AUGGCCUACGAUGACAGAAAGCGACAUUUUGCGCGACUGGGGAGAUCGUGCAAAAUGGAUGCCGAACUUGCUGGAAAGUACAAAAUCAUGAAGACAGACUCCGAGCGGUUCCAAUUCCUGAAGGACUGGCUGUUGUCCUCGGCCUCGGGCAUCAGCACAAAGGAAAGGAUUGUGGAUGUUGCAAGCGACGAAAACAAGUUCGACCCUGCGACUCGCUACCGCGUCUUGAAGGACACCUUGAAUGACAAGGGCCACCUGAGGAGUUCGGGAACUGAGGUCGAGAUGGAGAGCUCGGUAGAGGAUGAAGCCGCCCGCGCGGCUCUACAGCCUGCCAUCACGGAGUUUUGCAACGCGAUGUCUGAUGGAAUGAAAGAAAUGGGGCAGGUGAAAGUGCCGAAGAGAAAGGAGAAGAAGGUCUUGACAGAGGAUCAGCUGGCCGACAAGCAGUUGACCAAAAUCUUCAAAACUUGGAUGGGUCUGCCCAAGAAGAUCGACGAGCUCGUCGACGCCCUCUCUUCUGUCAAGUUCUCGACGGAGCUGUCUGACGAGCUGAAGAAGCACAAGGCUAGCAUCGAUGGAAGAGAGCAGUAUUGGGAUGGGCAAGUCAAUGAGAACUCCACGGUGGAUGAGAAGCGUUCGGUCCUAUCGAUGAUGGAAGAAGAGCUACGCCCCGUACAUCAGUGCUUCCAGGAAGCAAAAAGGCGCAUCGGCAAGAACAACAAGGCCGACACGAAAUCGGAAGCUGGCGAGUCAACCGAUCGGGACUGA